CAGGCAGCGGCGCAGGCAGCAGCACGAGGGAAAACGGCACGAGGCGCGAGACAUUACCCUGUCAUCCCGAGCCGCCGUGGCCCUUCUACCCUUUGCUUCUUCACUUAUGUGUGUGCCUGAGCCCAUGCCAGGGGGGUGUGAGAUGGCAAUUGAUGGCCUCCAGUGGAGCUGAAGACGUAAGGAAUGGGGCAUCCCAGCCAGCCCUCAUCGUCCAAGCCAAGUCUGCUGUAGUCCAUUUGCCCAAUGCACGAGGCGGCCUCAUCGCUGAAAGAAAGAGAUCGCAGAGCAGCUCGGGUGAUUCAGUGCCUCACCCUAAUGUGAGAGUGCUGUACGAUCAGCCCUACUGUAUCUCAGGGACCCCCACACAACGUGCCUAUCCACACGUGCCUACAGUAAGAGUCAACCGCGCACAGAGUACAAGUGCAGCUUCACUUAAUAGUGCUACCAAUGGUUUAAGGGCGCAAAGCGUUUUGUCCAAGAGCUUGCCACAUAUUAACACUACUCCCGCUGCAUGCCAUCGUCAAUCCCACUGGAAACUUGAAUCGCUUCGGUUCAAGUCCGGGCUGUUAGGAAAAAGGGCCUUUUCGCCUCAGUUGUCCGUUUGUCCUGCCUGUCCCUCCCCACCGAAGUCGUCUUCUCAAAGGGGCGUAAUUGAGAAAGUCAUGCCUACUAAUCAGUCUUUGCCUUGGUCGAGUAACAAGCUCAGGAAUAACAGCAAUGGAGUAGUGCGGCCCCCAAAUGCCAAAAUGCCAACAUUCUCCAAACAAGAGAUGCGCAGUCCUGCCAAUGUCAUGUCUAGCUGUAAUGGGACAUUUUCACGUGGCCUCAAAGUAGAUGCAAGGAAGCCUCUUCAAUUGAGCGUGCCUUUAAAAGACAUUAGCACAGAUGUGAUUUUGAACCACGGCAAGGCUGUUAAGGAUUUGAGGCAGUUUGAGAAGAUCAUAGUGAAAAACGCAAAUGAGGUGGACUGCUGUAUGGGACACGGUGUCAACGAAGCUCCUCAGAGAGUGAUGAAAAUCAGCUCUGAGGCAGAGUUCAAUGCCAGUGCUGUGCUAAAACCUAAUGUACAUGCAAGACAAAGGACACUCAAUGGUCUGAGCAACGUAAAACGCAUCACAGUUGGUGCUAUGCCUGUUUGCCUUAAUGAUGAAGAGGAGUCUCGUUUUGCACCCAUGGAAACCAACAGUGCCCUCAGUUUUGAUAUUAUAGUGGAUGAGAAGUGCCCCUCUGCUGUUUGUAAUGGAGGUGAUUGUGCCAUUCCAGAGGUGACCGGCCAUGAUAUUGCUUCUUCUCAGUCGCCAUCUGUUUACACCGUGACAAACCAGAUUUCUGCCAUUCAGCUCACAAAAGAGGAAAGUUGUCAGGCCUCUCCUGUGGGCACACUUAACGGAGAGGAGGGCGAUGAUAACCCUGAGAUUCAAAGGCAGGGAAUGCUACUAGAUGUUGAUGAAGAGGAGCUUCCAGAUAAGCUGGAGGAUGACUUCAGUGAUGAUGAUGACUCGGAUGAUUGUGAUGUCUCCUCAACAACAUCCAUGGCUGCUUCGUCCAAUGUUGAGGAACCCAUUAGUCCUGAUGUGGAGGGAGAUUUGGUGGAGAGAUCAGCACUUGUUCCCAGUCUUUUCCCCCACAUGCCCUCCACCAUAUACUUCAGCACUGCCAAUGAAAGAGUGGAGCUGUUGCCCGCUGAACAGAUGAAGUUACUCAAAUGGAAGAUAACUACAGUCACUCCAAAUGUUGUGAAAAACACCAUUUUCAGAUCACACUUCAAAGCUACCAAAAAAAGUCAUGAUUGGCUGGGCUGCUGGGGUCACCAUAUGAAGUCACCCGGGUUUAAAGCCAUUCGAGAGUUUCAGAAGCUGAAUCACUUUCCAGGCUCCUUUCAGAUCGGCCGGAAGGACAGACUUUGGAGGAACCUGUCCAAGAUGCAGGCACGCUUUGGCAAAAGAGAAUUUGGCUUCUUCCCACGCUCCUUCAUUCUCCCACAGGAUAUCAAGCUGCUGAGGAAGGCCUGGGAUGAUGGAGGCAGCAAGCAGAAGUGGAUCGUCAAACCGCCAGCGUCUGCUCGUGGAAUUGGCAUUCAGGUCAUUCACAAGUGGAGCCAGAUGCCACGCAAGAGACCGCUGCUGGUGCAGAAGUAUCUUCACAAGCCCUACCUCAUCAGUGGGAAUAAGUUUGAUCUGCGCAUCUAUGUGUAUGUGACUUCUUAUGACCCACUCCGUAUUUACAUCUUUAACGAUGGACUGGUCCGUUUUGCAAGCUGCAAAUACUCUGCUUCUAUGAAGACCCUCAACAACAAGUUUAUGCACCUUACAAACUACAGUGUAAAUAAGAAGAACUCUGAGUAUCAGAGUAACAGUGAUGAUAAGGCCUGUCAGGGCCAUAAAUGGGCCUUGAAGGCACUGUGGCAGUACUUGGGCUCUCAGGGGAUCAACACCACACUCAUCUGGGAGAAGAUCAAAGAUAUGGUCAUCAAAACUAUCAUCGCGUCGGACCCGUAUGUGAACUCUCUGGUGAAGAUGCAUGUGCGUUCUUCCUAUAGCUGUCAUGAGCUGUUUGGCUUUGACAUCAUGUUGGAUGAAAAUCUGAAACCGUGGGUGCUGGAGGUGAACAUCUCACCCAGCUUGCAUUCAAACACACCACUGGAUGUGAGCAUUAAGGGUCAGAUGAUACGAGAUUUGCUGAACCUCGCUGGCUUUGUGUUGCCGUUGAGAGAUGACUUUGCGCCAUCUGGUUCCAGUGCCAGCAGCUCCACCAGCAGUUUAUGUGGAGGGGUGCGAGAGAAAUGGCGAUCAGACAUUUCACCUGAUGAGAAAGUAAAGAGGGCCUUUUAUCUGAGCCAGCGCUUUGGGGACCAGGAUUUCUGUGCCACAGUCCUGGAUGUGCUGACACCUGACGAUGUUCGUGUGCUGGCAGAUAGUGAGGACGAGUUGAGUCGUAAAGGAGAUUUCGAACGUGUUUUUCCCUCUCAUGCUUCCUCCCGGUACCUUCGCUUCUUUGAGCAACCGCGCUACCUCAACAUACUCCUCAACCAGUGGGAACAAAAAUACUGGCUCAGCAGGAGCAAAGGCAUCAAUCUACUGAGGGAUUUGUGUGAGAAGAGGGUGCACCUGGGAAACCUGGCGGAUUCUGUUCAUCAUUGGUCUUCCAAGUCAUAUCACGGACACAGAUCUCAGCUGACUAGAUCUGGCGUUCUUGUCAGUCAGAGAUCUGAUGCCGAAGAUGAAGACUUGUCUGAUCGUGAGCUUCAGUCAGUCACCAUGAGUCUUCCAGACAUGAGUUUGCUGAGUACCGUCAGCCUGAGCCCCAGUCCAACCUCCAGCUCCAGCCUGGCCAGCGACACCCUGCACUCUCACGAUGACCUUUGACCUCGACCCGCGUAAACCUGGACAUUCAGAGCUUCCAAAGCGUGUGUAUUCAUGCUGCAUCUCAAGAGUUGAGCAUUUCUGCUUUUAAGAUCAGAAAGCAGAUCCAACGAAUUAACUGGCCAAAUGAAUGAGCGUUAAAACCCAUAUUUUGAACAAGUAUUUUGUUGCCGGACCACACACACCGGUGUGUGUUCACAGCACGUGUGGGUGGCAGGAGGAAAGUUCUAUUUGCUUCCUGUUUGGGGUUUCGAUUGUGUUUUGGUAUGAGCCUAUUGAUACUUCUGCUUUGUUUACAUCACAUGUCUGUGUACAGUACAGGCAUCUGUUGGGCUGAUUGUUUUUAAUGUGUGGAAUGAAAUGUGAAGUUUGGAAAAGAAAUAAUAUUGUAAAAAAGAGAAAGAAAAUAAAAAGUCACUGUCUCAUGAUAUUUGCAUGCCCUUCUCCAUGGAGACAACAUGCUCAGGUUAAAGUUUUUAAAUUAAAGUUGCUGUUUGAAAUA